AUGCAUGCCGCUAGAAAACCGCUCAACAUGAUCAAAUAUUUGAUUUUGAUGCUUACGUUCAUGUGCGUGGUCAUCGAAAUCAUUCAAAUCGUCGUCGGGGCCGUCCUGCACCGCCUUUUCACGACGUACACGGUCUUCAUAGACAACGACUUUGUGCGGGCAACGCACUUCCUGAUAGCGGUCGGUAUCAUACUGGUAUUUUUGUCGAUUUUCGGCAUUGCUGGUAUCAUGUUUGAGAAUGUGGCAAUGAUAUUUUUGUACGCCGGAAUUUUCAGUUUGGUAGUGAUUCUAGAAAUAGUCCUUGCUGCUGGUGCUUUCUCGAUGACAAGCCGAGUGGAUAGCAUGCUGCACCGCCGAAUGAAUCACGUCAUACAACGGUUCCAUACGGAUAGUUUCAUGCGUGCGAGCUUUAAUCACAUGCAGAACACGAUGAACUGCUGUGGUAUCAAUUCUCUCAAUGAUUGGCCAUUGUUUCAUCCUGAGCGGGACCUUCCGCUCUCCUGCUGCAACCGGAUGGACGAAGGAUUCUGCAUGCCGCACGAGCGAGGCUGCCAUGCGCCGAUGUCGGAUUUUAUUGGAUCGCGCAUUCAAAUGAUCGCAACCGGAACGACAAUCAUCAUUGUAUUUCAGGUCGUCUGCAUUAUUACUGCCAUCAUCAUGGGUGCCCGUUUGUCGGUGUAUAAGCGCCAAAUGCGUGCGCUCAGCUCGAACGGUCCCUUACCGGUGCCGGAGCCCAUUAUGACCGAAAAGCCGAAAUAUUGA